AUGACACGCAGCUCAAGUAAGCAACUCUGAAAAAGUACAUUUUUGAAGCUAAAAUGAAUACAGCUUUUGUUACUGGGCUGUCUUGCGGAAUUUUUUAUGCAGACAAAACAGGGAGUAGUUCAGGAAAGAUCUAAAUCUAUUUUGCUGAUGAAACCAUAACCUACCUGUUUAGUGUUUUCAGCAUAACAUAUAUUAAGAAGGUAUUUAAUGGUAUAUCAUAGUAACUUUAGGGUAUCAUUUUGGACUGCAGUAGGUUUUAGCGACUGCUUGCCUAUUUCACAGUUCGGAACGAAGUGUUUAGUGGUUGCCUAACUCAUAUUGAUCCAAUUGUGAAAACUCGGCGCCUCGGUGGGAUUCGAACCCACGCAGUAAAGGGGAAGGCUUUAGUACAGCCAACGUUCUAACCACUUGAGCUACGAGGCCCCGUCAGACGACGCGAGUUUUAUCACACUUGGGCCAAAUUAGUCGCCCAACCUACAGCAACGUCUGGAAGCCAUCAAAUCUGAUACAGUAAGCUGACUGCCCAAGCAGGAUUUCCUAAAUAAUUCACCUAGAAUCCACCAGAUGACUGCUAGGCUGACGUAAUUCAUUGAUAUUUUGGCAGAUUUUGAAUAAUAAACUCGCGUCGUCCGGCGGGGCCUCGUAGCUCAGGUGGCUAGAGCGUUGGCCGUACUAAAGCCUUCCCCCUUACUGCGUGGGUUCGAAUCCCACUGAGGCGCCGAGUUUUUCACAGUUGGGUCAAUAUGAAUUAUUCAGAAAAGGUUGAUUAACCUCACGCAUGGUGCUGUCAGCUUUCAUGACUUUUUGUUUCAAGCGACUGGUGGACUGAGAAGACGAAACAUUCGCAAUGCAACUCAAAGGUCUUUGAGUUUCCUUAGUGUCGCACAGACAAAAUGCAUUUUACUUUCCGAAUUCUUCUCCGCUACGCUAACUCCACAAAAACUUCAAGGUCGGAUGUAUACAACUUUGGUUAGAAUUUAUUUCAUAUUGACCCAACUGUGAAAAAACCGGCGCCUCAAUGGGAUUCGAACCCACGCAGUAAGGGGAAGGCUUUAGUACAGCCAACGCUCCAACCACUUGAGCUACGAGGUCCUGCCGCUGUAUAAGAUAAGGUGGGUUCCAGACGUUACAGUAGGUUGGGCGGGGAACUUGACCAAAAUGUGAUUUAACUCGCGUCGUCCGGCGUGGCCUCGUAGCUCAAUUGGUUAGAGCGUUGGCUGUUUUAUAGCCUUCCCCUUACUGCGUGGGUUCUAAUCCCACCGAGGCGCCGAGUUGUUCACAGUUGGGUCAAUGUUAAUUAUUCAGAAAUCUGCCAAAUCAUCUAUAAUUUAUUUAUUUAGAUUUGGUCAUACGUUCAUGACAGCGAGCGUAUAUAAGGCAGGUCUAGGCGUGCGAGUACGACGAUGUGGUGUGCAUGAUGUUCCAUGGUUCACACUGAUCACCUACGCUGACCCGCCGCUAUGGAGUCUGGCCCUAGGGCGACAUUCAAUGUGCUAGCCACUGUUACGAAAAGGGGUAGACAACCGUUGUAUUCAUGGGGAAAGGCUGCAGGGUGACUCGACCUAAAAUGGGCAUUGAGGUUCUUUUCGCCACUCGUGGACUACUGUGAGGAGUUUGUGCGUGCUUCUUGCUCUCAUUACUCACGGAUGAAGCCAGAGGUAUUCACAAGAGGUAUAUAGGCGCCUGUAUCUACUAGGGCUUGUACUGGUUGUUCCCCACAUCUGACGGAUACUAUAAAAGGAGGGAUGGGGGGGGGAGGCGGUGUCCCAAUAUGCAGGUGCAAUAGAUGGAGAAAUACUUUGUUGAUUAUGCCCGAAUCGCCUCAGAUUGGGACCAGAAGGAAUACGAGGCCAGGUCGCAGUUGGUAGCCAGGACCCGUAUUACAGGUGGCAGAGGGUUUGUUUAGUGGGGUUAUUUUGUGGGGCUCCAUAAUCAGAUCUGUCCCAUUUGGCUUCCGUUUUACGGUUGAGGUUAGGAUUAGGGUACCGGUUGAGGGAUUCCGAUUUUCAGGUUAGAGUUAUGCCUUAGGCUUAGGUUUUCGGGUUACGGUUAGGGUUUGAGCCUACGAAUGAGUUUCAGUAUUACGGUUAGGCUUCUCAGUUACGGCUAUGUUUAAGGGCUACGGUUACGUUUACGAGUUCGGCUAGGGUUAGGGUUAGUGAUGCCGUUACGGUUAACGUUUAAGGUUGAGGUUAAGGUUAGGGUUGUGGUUAGGAUUAGAGUUAAGUUCGCCGUCCGAUUCUCAUUCCUGGCUACCAACUGUGAUCUAGGCGAAUACGAUUUGAACAUCCGAAGUUUACAGCAAAACCUGGUACAGCAAAGCAUAUCACUUAGCCAUGCCAACAGCUUAGUCAACUGGGAAUGGCCAGACAGUAGUCAUUCCCCAGAGAUACUGAUGAGACAGAAAGGAUGGUUGCUUACGAAAAUACUCUCGCAGGCCACGCUGAAAAGCUCAUCAGUGCCCCUAAAUUCCACAGAGUUCCCCACUGAUAAGAAAACAGGAACGACGCCAACAUCCCUUCCCUGAGUCACAUGGAGACCCCGACUACAUGACUUAUGAAGAAGACCGUUUCUCCAUCUUUAGGCCGACAAAGAAACAGGUCACUUUCUCAGGUUGGAAGUUUAACCUAGAUCACGAACGAAAGUCAACACGUGCUGUCUCUUAACUGGAACAUUUAGCGAAUUUACGGUAUGUAAAAUCAGCUUAAAUUCCGCAGUCUGCACUAGUCUUCCCUGAGGCUUUUACUGCUGAGUACAUGUGCAUUUGUUCGGCAAUGACUUCCGACAGAGUUGAAAAUGACAAUAAAUGCCACAGGUGUAGGGUAAGUCCGUAUUAGCUGUCAACAUCGGGGUCCUCGAAGGUCGACGAGGAAGACGACUUCAAAAUAAUCACCUGUAAUCGUUAUUCUUUUUGUACCGUUCUGGCACAUUGGAAGACUUAAAGUUGCGGCGCAGUUUUUGUCAUCGUGAUUAAAGAUCCUCUAUCAGAACUUGGCAACCAAAGGCCGGUACAAAUGCAUGAAGUAUUACUUAGCUAUUUACUAUUGCGAGCAUUCGACCGAGUAGGUGCGCCUGGUUAUUCCAGAUUGCAGUGCAUAGUAAUACUUAGAACCUGAUGAAGCCCGGAACAAUGAGCUGAGAAAGGGCAGGAGAGUUAUUGAAAUUCCCCAUGAAAAUUUUUACUCGCCUACAGCAAUGCAGACCUGUCAGUUAUUUUUGUUAUGAAGGCGAACGCACAGUUAACACACAAAGAUUCAGGCAAGGAGGAAGAAAACAGAAUGAGUCAGAGACUCUUUUAACAGGGCUAGUCAGGCGUACGCCUUUGAUCCGAAAAAAAUUAUUAUACUAUUGCCUGUUUAGCCUCCCUUAGACUUGUGAGUUUAAACUGAAGAUUAUACAGUGCUUGCGCUAAAAAUCACACCAGAUUCAGUUUUAAGCAUCAUUAAUCCGAACCCAAGCCUCCAAAGUUGCGCACGUACACGAAGAGUAGGGCCAUAUAGUGCAAGCGACUACGCUGCUAGAAAUGGCGCAACACUUUGGAAUGGAAAGGCAACGUGGUCUUGCCCAAGAAAAUCCAGUGGAAAAGCAGCAUGCCCUAGAUCUGACAGCGCUCUCUGCGUGCUCUACACAGUACUACAGAAUGUGUCGCCGGUCCUCUCCGGACGUUUUUGCAGUCCGCUGCCUGCCGCUGUUCCCACCGUCUGUUGGUCGGGGCUACCUUUCAUCUCAGUCUUUGAGGCAGCCGUGACCGUGUAAUUUGGAAAAGAGGUGCUUUUUUGCGAAGAAGGAGACAUGAUCGCUGGAGACGAGCUUUAUUCGCCUGACGUGUCGGAUUCCUGCUCGAAGCCAUCAUCAGAGACAAUAGCCAAUACGGCUCGCUCAUGCACAAGGAGCUGCAGUAUGUGUAGGAUGCUGUCGCCACGCUACCACAUACGCAUGAAUAUUGACGGCUCCUCCCUUCAGAUUGGCAAAGUUGAGAUAUCCGGGUUGAUUAUUUGAAGACGAAGCCAGGCUCUCCGGAAGAGAUUUAUUUAAGUGCUGACGUUUCAAAGAGCUGGGUCGGCUCUUCAUUUUCAAAGCGUAAAAUGCACUUAGUUGAUCAGAAAUUUAAUUUACAGUGGCAGUUGUGUCGGCCGGCCUCAUGCUGAUCGAUUUUUCCCUCCUCUCGCUGCCUCGGCCUCUCGGGAGAUGGUUGACGGGCGUUUUGCCUGUGUGCUUUGUGAGUCACCACUCCGUCGAGGGGAACUGAUUGGACUUUAGUCGGGCGGUUGGUCUGGCGGUUCUUCUUCUUCCUCACCGAGUAAACUCAGCGUCGGGCUAUCUCCGUGCGGCCUUCUUAAGUCCGGUGUGGUUGUUUGGUCCUGAGCUCUACCGUCACCAGGGGUCGUUUCACUUGGGGCGUUAACUGUUUGAUGGCCGACAUUCGCGUCGUUAAUUGCUGCAAUUUUAACACGUGCGUUAGAUGUUGGUGUGAUGAGUGCUCGAUCAUCUGACCCACCGAUCCUGGCGAUGGGGAUAGUGUUCACCUGUGCGCUCCCCGCGUGGCUAAUUACUCCACCUAGGCGAAAUCUCAGCACCGACUAUGGAAGGGGAAGGUUGUUGCACUUGUUAAUGGACUGGGAGCCAGUGAAGCAUGGCUCAAGCAGCUCGCGGCUUACGCGAUUGUCACACCUAACGAGAAUUUUGGUCUCGUCGAAUUUGAAUGUGUGGUCGGAUCUCGUCGAAUGAGCCGCAACUUGAGUGCUGGCGUCAUUUCUUCGCACCGCUGCAGCGUGUUUAGUUAUUCGUGUUCGAAGCAGUCUUCCACUUUUUCCGACGUAGUUGCUUUGUCCGCAACUGAGCCAGAUCGACCGUUACACCAGGUGCAGUAAUCCUUGAUGAAUGGGGGAAGCCGUGAAUUGUUAAAAAUAUGUGGUAGCAUGGCGACUGCAUCCUAUAAAUACUGCAGCCCCUUGUGGAUGAACCGCCCGUAUCUUCUAUUGUCUCUGAUGAUGGGUUCGAGCGGGAAUCCGAAACGUCAGGUGAAUAAAGCUGUUGUCCCAGCGAUCGUGUCUCCUUCUUCGUUACUGCUUUGUGGGACUUGUCUCUUUGUUUCUAUUGGUGGUGUGUCGUUUGUUUUCGUACAGCAAAGUGUUUGUUCAAAUACUCCUCAUUGUAAGGCACACUCCCAUUCCAUUUCCUUUACAGGACAACAACUUAGUAUCUUCUUUUUAGCAAAGACAGCCCUUCAAAUUCAAGAGAUAGAUUGGCCUAAAGUUUGACCUAAAGAGGCCGUUUAGUAGACAUGUGCGGAGUCAGUUUUAGUCCUAAAUCAAAAUACUACCGACUGUGGUGGAGAAAAUUGAAGGGAAACCAUACAUAGUAAAAUUCUGCUUUUACGUUGUUUAAAAGGUCCGUGAAGUGCGCAUACAAACAUACCCAUAAGGCUGGAAAUUGUGGUAAAAAUUCCGUAAUUUUGAUAUUUUGUUUAAAUGUACUUACGACUGAGCGCACGCAGAUUCAACAGAUGAAAACUAAUAGAGUCGCUUGAAACGACUUUUUUAUGCCAUAAUUAGCAAGGGGUCUGGAGGAGGAUGCGGAAAUUUCAUAACGGCAACUUCUGACUAGGUUCACAUGAACCUAGGUUCAGAUAAGUGCUUAAACGGCAACGGCCUAGAAACCGUAGUUUACUCAAAGAUCGCUUGGUUCUCUCUUUAAAUAAUUGCAUUCCCUAGGGGAAUUCGCUUACUGCCCAUAUUAAUAUACCAUUUUUUCCAAAUUAUGCGGCUGAUUUUAAAACGCUGACGUGCUACUUACCGUCGAUGGUAGUUGGCAAUUGAUUGCCGGUAAGCUUUUAACGGACUAACUAACAGACGAGAAGGCUAAAACUUUAGAUUUUUGCGACUUCUCGCCAGUUUACUGCUCUACUUCUUUUAUUUAGUGCAAGUAAUACUAGAGAUGAUACUCGGGGUAAAAGUGCAAACUUAUAUUUUCCAUGAAUGAUAUCGACUCUGUGGCACCAUACAUGCAUCAUCUCCCCCAUCGGCGUUUUUCCGCAUAACGUGUUAGUUUUGACUCUGCCAUUGAACGGUGAUGGCACACUUUCUAAAAUGCUCACGCGCACACGUUGAAUGGAUAGAAGACGGCGUGCUCUUCCAUUAGUACGCUGGUGUCAGCAGUUUUGCUAAACUUUUGUUAUUCGGGUCCAAAAUGAGGGUUCGUGAACAAGAAACCUCCAAAAAGCCCGGGCUAAUGAAAUUAAAUGUAAUUCGAAGGAUAUCAUGAGAUGCUGUCUUUCAGAGGAAAUGAGUGUGCGUUUUUCGGACUGACGGCAUGAGUCACGGCGGAUAUGAUGGUGACACUUUCGUUAAAAAUUUAAUUCACUUAAUUAGUUCUGAAAUAACAAUUUUCUGGUGUUCUUCACCGAACUGAGGUUUUUUUAUCUUCCUUAGCAGAAAAUUACUGAAAAAACGGUCGAUGUGCUAGUGGUAUCACCGCAGCCCUUGACAGACUUUUCUGUGAAUUACCUGUCCUGAAAGCGACCUCAAUGACUAGAGGAUUAUUUUGUCAGUGCUCGGAACGCGAUCAGUAUUUAUCCCUCAUUUUUUAUAAUUUUCGCUCACAUUUAUCUGAUUUGCUUUGACCGACAAAGUGGCGUAUGGGAAUGACGCCUUCUCAAACGACAAAAGGUGGUAAAGCAUUGAAACCGCAGUUUGUUUCUUGUAGCGAAAUUCUCAUGGAGAUGACACACGUUUGUUUGGUUGCCAGUAAAACUUGGCUAAAGGCCUUAGGUUGGUUAGAUAUGUGAGGAAACGUCUUUUUAGUGACUUUCCAAGGUCUAAUUGGUUGGUGUAGUUCAAAAAGCAUUGGCAGCAGGACAGAAUGUCGAGAAACGGACAAGCAUUGUGGAAGUUCGUUGGCAACUCAAGGACUUAAACAUCAUAUUUUUUUCUGUUUUAGGAGACAAAUCGCGCCGAAGACAGCAAAAUGGUGAGGUCUCAUUUAUGACUUGAGCCCCUAUUAGCACAGUAUUUCGUGCAGGAUUACAUUCUUGUAUUAUAGGUGUUGUUUAUGUAAAGUUCAGUGAGAUGAUUUAACCCAUAUCCACAAGCGAUGCUUUGAUUUAUUAAAAUAAAGGCAGAGUAAAUUGACUGAGAGUAAUAAAAGGGCCACGCGUAAUGAAAUGAUACAAUCCCCGUGAAGAUAAGUGCGAAAUAAAGCGUUCUGGAGAAGAUCAUGAGGCUUUCGAGGUAAAGUAAAGUUAGGUCGUACAUGUUACGCGGGCGGCACAAAGCCAGUCCAGGUAAUCACGGUAGAAGGGAGCUCACCGAUCACACUACGGAACUCCCUCGUACGGCUGUGCCUUGGGGCUCUCCCUCGAGCCCCGACAGCAGACACACAGCGGCGCGUAAUAUAGGCAGAAUGGCAUCACUGACAAGGACAAGGGAAACUGGAAUGAUAAUUUUUGGCUUAUUAACCGUCGCCAGUUAGUCCUUUCCAAACCCGAAGUAUGGAACAUCUGGGACCCGAUUCUGCGACUUAAUGACUAGAAGCCCAAUGCCCCUAACUUCUGAGCCACGGGCUCGUGUCCCUGUCAGUUCAGAUCGGGUAUAUACAGCGGUCGAAGGGCGCCAGCCGAUUGGCUAAUGAGCCAGAAAUGGGCAUUCCAGUCUCCCUUGUUUUUAUCGGUAAUGCCUUUCUGCCUAUAUUACGUGCCGCAGUGCGGCUACUGGCGGGCUCGAGAGAGAGCCUUAAGACACAAGGGGUCGAGUGAGUUCCGUAGCGCGAUUGAAAAGCGCCAUCCGAUUAUUGUAUAUACCCGAUCGAAACGGGAAGAGUACAGUACAAUGAGUCAUUGGACUUCUAACCAUGCUGGAGGGAAUUAAAUUUCCAAGCAUUUUUACUUUUAUACUGAAUAGGCGUAAAGAGAUAUCUCUAGAAGACUUCUCAGUUCGAAAUCACUUUCGAAAUUUUUAAAUUUCCAUUCUUCCUCUCCGCCAAUUUUUACAUUAUAAUUUUUGACUAAUCGGCACGAUUCUUCCCCGUCUUAGUUAAAAAUCGAUAUUGUUUGAAGGUUCAUGAAACCCGAGAAUUAAGUAUCCUGCAAUAUAUUCCGCCAGUAUUAAAUGCCUUUUGCUUUCAGUAUGUGCAUGCUUUGAGUCGUGUUAAUCAAAAGAGUAAAAAUAGUUCACACAGUGAACAAUUCGUCAAAAUUUUGAUCUAAUCUGCAAUCUAAAGGAGUUGGUCACCUGGUUUACAGGGUCUGGAAGACAAAAGUCUGAUUUGAUUUAUGUAUCUACUUGGACGAUCUUGCUUCAUUUCCCUAAUGAAAAGAAGUAUAGAUCACGGCUUGUCUCAUAGGCUGGGUUAAUUAGAUGCUCAGAUUUAAAAUGAAAACAGGGUAAUUUUUAGAGGACGUUAUCCUGUUCUUCCUUGGGAAUAAGUAAUACAUAAAGAAGACUAUUCAAUAAAAAUCGCUUUCAGGACUUCAAAAUCACUACUAACUAAAUCGCUUACUUCCAAAAAUGAAAUAAUGCUAUCAUGCUGUAAUUUCUUGUCAAUCCUAAUUUAAGUCAUCAACUUAUAAACACUUCUAUUCACAACUACAGAAAAAUAUUUUGGGAAUCUGAACCGAACAGGACGGUGGGCUACUACUUAAAAUGACAACUGUGCCCAUUUUACCGGUUGCUUGCAGCGCCGGUUUUUGUCUACAAUACUGCGCCUGUUUUGCACAAAAAUUAUUUGAAAUUAGCCGACGCUUCAUAAGAAACUGUAAAAAAAUUCACAUUGGGCCGCUUAAUUAACACAAAGGAAUGAAAAUAUCUCUGGCCAUGGAGACGACUAAAAUGAAAAUAACCUUGCCGAUAUGGAUGAACUGAUACAUUUAGCAAGCUAAAAGUGGUGGCGACUGUAUUGCUUUUUCCUGCUGUUUGUCAAAAGUCACAACGAACAAUUUCUGGUCAUUGCGACUGCACGUAACAAUUUGCCGAUAUUUUAGGAAGUAAAAGAUUUGCACCCAAAGUUUUUCAUAUGCCAACCUUUGAAAUGUCUAGAUUCAUCCGAUUCAUCUGAAUCAGAUUCCUCCCCUUCGGGAGCCAUUGCAAGAAUUGUCCUUUGUGACGCCGACGGAAAGCUGAAACUACAUCAUAAGAACGUCUACUGUAAGUAAUUAUAUUUGUCCGCGUAGAAAAGGCAUUCAAAACAUUGCAGCGACCAGUACGCUUAAAGCUAUGUGCUGAAAACCCAUGCGUCGCACAUGGGCCUCGUGAAUUUUCUCGACCGAAAAUGCGUACUUUAUAACCUAUCGGUGUGGACAGCAGAUUUUCAACAGGGAGGAACUAGUUGACCACAUGAUGACACACAUUGCACUUUCACUGAAUGCGGAUGACAGAAGGAACAAGGGAACUUCUAAAACUGACGUCCUGACGUACACACAAAAUAUGCUGCAGAAAGCAACUGCCAGUUGCCCAUAAAUGGAGCUAACAGUUCCCUGCGCCUUUGAAUGCUAAUGUCAUUUCCGCAGCUCCGGUUGUAAAAAUGUAAAAAAUGUAAAUUUCCUCCAAAAACUGGCCAGUAUAAUCUCAGUCCUCGUCGGUGACAGGUAAUAUAACGACCACGUGAAAUGGCCAUAAAACGUGCGCCGGCGUAGAGUAUAAAGAGUCACCAUCGACGAACUGUAGGUAGGAGUUUUGGAGGGUAGUCCAGAGGUACUUAAAGAGGCCUAAAGGCAUCGCAUACGCCAUGUUUCUAUGGAGGUGGUCGAAAUUACGAAGACCAAUCCGGUUAGGUUGUGUGUAGAAUGACUGGGGACGAUUGAAUUGCUGCUGUGUUGAGUAGACCUCAAGUGCAAUCCGAGGGCAAUGUACAUCAGUUGGGCUAACUCAUGAAAUGCCAACCGAAAUUCCGAAAUGCGUUUUCGUUUCGAAAAGUUUAAGUAUGUUGGCUAGUAAAACUAAUCGGUCUGCAGUAUGAUUUUCUAAUAAUUCUGUUAUCUCAUGAUGCUGGCUUUUGGAAGAACGUUCUUCCGAGUGCAUGCUAAAACUAUACUUUGUAUAAAAUGACUACUUAAUUAGCAUGCAUUUUUCUCCUGGAUUUCCGAUGCUCCUAAACGUCCAAUUACUUUUCAUGGAAAACAGGCAUAAAAAUAUUUACUCUUCCGCUCAUUCGGUAGACAAUCAUGGCUUCUUCUAAACUUAUACUCGAAGGAAUGGUAGAAUUUGGUUUUCAAAACCCUUUCUAAUUCCCGAAUAAAUUUGAACAGCUCAACCAUCACACUUGCAUUUAAGGUUUCGAAACUACAAUCCGUAUAUUUUCCGCCUACGGAAAACCACACAUUUCUCUAGGGUACUAAAGGGAAACCAUAUAGGAUUCAUUAAAUUUAACAGUGGAUUUGAUCCAUAUUGGUAACCUCAGAAGCCAUAUUGGUAAAUGCAGAGACUGACGUCUUGUGAACGGCCAUUUAACGGUAUUUAAAAGUCUCACAAUUAGAAAACUUUUUACAGCAGAAUAAUGUCUUUCCUGUGAGUAAAAAAUUAGAACACGUAAUUUUCUAGCGAGUAAGCAAAAGAAUGAAUAAUUUUAUGUAUGUUUUCUAUUAAAUAUAAUUGGUUUCUUAGGGUCAUCGAAACUCAAAGAGACAAAUGCAUGGUAAUUAAAUAGUCAUUUUUUGCAGAGUAUAGUUUUAGCAUGCAGUCGGAAGAAAGUUCUUCCGAAAGCCAGCAUCAUGAGUUAACUGAAUUAUUAUAGAAUUAUACUGCAGGCUGAUAAGUUUUACAAACUUACUUACUGAAUAUUUUCGAAACGAAAACACAUUUAGGAAUUUCCGUUGACAUUUCAUGAGUUAGCCCACCUACUGUAAGUAUGCAUCUUGCUUUGUGGAGGACUUUGAAUACAGAAGUCAUUUUUUCCUGCAGUUAGUAAUUAUACACGGAGAAUAAUUUUUGUAUCAUAGAUAAACAGCGCUGGUAAUGUCCAUAUUGAAACCGAUAACCUUUCGUCCGUCAAACUGGGACGGCGUUGUGCUAUUCUGCGUCAAAUCAAAACGAGGUCUUUGGGUUAUGUACGUGGAUUUCAGGUCUAUACGUUGCGCGGAUUGGGUAAAAAAACGUGAAAGUAUGAUGAGAAGAAAAAAUGAGACCUGUUGUCGCAAACCGACGCUGCAACUGAAAACCGCAAUUUCUCGUUAAAUUUCUAAUUUUAAAGAUGGCAAUCUGAGAUUGCUUUGUUUAUGCAACUUUUGAUGUCUUGUAGAGAUUCCAUGUGUUGGCUAACAUAAUGAGUUUGUACAUUAAUUAUAUCUGAGGAAGAAUUUUAAAAAAUCGCUUAAACCCACUCGGAACAAUCGUGAUUUUUAAGGGCAAAAUUCUGUUUGAAAUAACCUUUAACAAAAUUUUUUCGGUAAUUGUAAGUAAUUUUUUCGUCGUCUAUUUAAAUAGAUCUCAGCACCGACCAACGUAAGUUGUUUUAUUUAGCUUUACUUCCGUUUACUGAGCAUGCUCAUCCUAAUGGAUAUUCGCAUGGCUUAAUUUAAAGUCUGAGUCAAUCAGGCAUCUAAAAUUAUGAAAGCAAGACAAUUAAGCCCUCUGUUUACUGAGUUGAGAAAAAGUAGUUUUAGAACUGAGGUUAGCAGUCAUUCAAUUAAAAAUCUUCUCUUUGUUUCAGCGACAGAGUUUAAAGUAACGAAGAAAGUGUUGCGAUCGACGAGAGACGGUAAAUUUAAGUACAUUUACUGUCAUUUUACAAUGAUAUUAUUAAAUAAGGUCUCCUCUACAGCUGGCUUCAUACUUUAGCCAAGCAUCAGGUGAUGUGAACUUGAAUGGCGCAGGUGCUAAAAACAGCGUUCAGUGGCCUCUUUUGCUCACCACUAUGCUUUGAAAUUAGAGGUCCUGGGAAAAUUUGGCAGUUUCAAAGUUAAUCAUGAUGAGACAUCUCAUGAAUUCAAAAAUCCAAAGUAAAAAUGACUUUUGGAUGUACUCCUUUCUGACCGGCAGAAACCGCGAUCAAAAAAAGCACUACUUCAGUAGCAUGCAUUUUGCGUAUUGAUUUUCGAUGUUCCUACAAAUUCAAAUAUAUUUUAUAGAAAACGCGCAUAAAAUAUGCCUUCUUUUACCCGUUCGGCAGGAAAUCACAUUGUCUUCAUAUUCUAUGCCUGAAGAAAGUCUAUACUUGGGUUUAAAAAAGUUUUCCAAUUCCCGAUCAAUUUUGAGCCAGAUCUUCCAUUGCAUUAGCGUUUGACGAUGUAAGCUUACAAGGUGCAUGCUUUCCGCGUAAGGAAAAUCAUACAUUCCUUUAUGUCUUUGAAAACAUAUCUUACAUAAUUUAUAAAAUUUUGCAAUGGAUUCGGACUGUGUUGCUCAUUUCAUGGGAAGCCUUGGUAAAAGGUCAUGUACGUUGGGCAUAUCUGGCUGAUAAUGACUAAUAAGGCAGAAAUAGUCAUGCCAGUCUCACUUGUCCUUGAUAGUAUCCCAUCUCCACACAUAAAUAUCUUCCAUUAAAUCACUUCAUUCAUUUGUAAAGUCUUGAUUGCUUAAAUACUUUUCCCUAACGACUUAUUUUAAAACCAAACGCACGAAGGUCGCGACUCCUCGAGCGAAAGUUCGUCCGAUGAUGAUGAUGAUGCUGAUAGUGGAAGUGAUGAUCGUGGAAGCAAGAAGAAUAAGAAAAGAGGUACAAGCAGAAAAGUUUCUACAUCAGGAUGCGGUGAGUCAUUGAACUACUGCCUAACCAAAUUACCAGGCUAUGUCCUCAUUCUGUAUCACGCCUGCGUUAGUGGCCAUGCUGCAGAACCUAAAUGAACUCCUAUGUCCCAUUUCAGCGCGUCGACACAAGUCAGUGAGCUUUGUUCCGUCAGAUUCCUCGGAAUCCUCCAGCGAAUCCUCUUCUGACGAGGAGUGCCACAAGAAGCACAAGCAUCGAAAGAAGAAAGCAUCCAAAGGCAGGCACUGUAAGUUUCCAGGAGUUAUUUGGUUGCCUUGGAUUGAAAAUGAGCCAAAUGUGCUUCCUGAUUCCCCUAUUCUUUCGACACGCAGCAAAGAGAGGCUCCUGCGGUGACAGCGAUUCCUCCUCCUCCAGCUCCGACGACGAGAGUGGGCGUAAGUAGUCAGCUUCCCAUUUAAACACAAAAUAACGUACCUUCUUCCAUUCUGAAAUGCCUGAAGCAGUAGUUUGGGCCUUCAAUGAGAAGCUUGGGAAUGAGUAACCACUUCAGAUUCAGGGCUCUGUCGUUCUACAAAACCACGGCCACCUAUGCUAGAAAGGGAACUGAGUAAGGUGUGUUUAUGUAGCCCCACCUGAAGGACACAAUACUGUUGGGGUAAGCUUUAGGAGUUAGAGUUAGGGGUUAGCCUUUGGAGUUUGGGUUAGGGGUUAGAACAACUAAUUCCCAAAUACUCAAAGUACAACCGCGCACUACCAACAGUUUUCCUUUUGAAUAAGGCAAACGCGACAAAGCAUGCAGGACUUACUGACGUCAUAAAUUUCGAGACCUCUCAUUCAGCUGCGUACGGCCAUUGCAUAUGACAAGACAAACUGUUAAAUCAACGACCGACCUAGAGAGAUAAAGCGUGAAAGUUCACCUGAAACAUGGAUCUAGUAUGCGGGUGCAUAUGGCGAGGGGGGAGGGGGAGAGAAGUCAUCCAAGUAUGAGGGUUAGGACUACAGUGAGAACUUGUCCGGCGUGAUUUAGGGUGCAACGGGGAGCGGUAGGAGGCGGGGCGAAAUGAAAGGGCGUAUAUGAGAACAGGGUUUCGUCCAUAAUCGAUCCUUACCAUGGUAGUGCCAGGUUUAUCAUGUGGUCCAACUGCUUUCAGAAUUCUGGUUUCCUCCUUCGUAUUGCAGCGGCCUCUGCAAAGCGCCAGACGCGUCCGGUUGUCACCUGAAACUGGACCGUGAUUGCAACCAAUUGGUCCACCGUAUGACCCGUGUCCACUAGGUGCUUUGUGACUGAGCUCCUGGGUACCAUAUUUUCCGCCUUAAGCAGCCAUUUCGGCAUGUGUUCAGUUGACCGAGCUGCCAACUGCCUUUGCGUGCGCCCAAUGUACUUGCGUCCGCAAUUACAUGUAAACUCAUAAAUACAGUUUGAUGUGGCGUGAAUAGGCAAAAUGUCUUUAGCUGGUCAAACUUUUGCAUACAACUACUUGGUCACGUCGGCCGUGCGUUCCACGGCCCCACUUGUAAAAACCCCCUAUUACCACUGAUCCCGUAUUAUCGGUGGCUGGGGUUUGUUUACGUCAGGUGGGGCUACAAAACGACAUUUGGCCGGGAACUGUUUAGAGCCAGACCGAAAUGGAUUUCGUAUGCUAUACAGUACGUGUAAUAAUGCACAGUCAAAGCCAUCCAAAUGCGGUAGUCGCAGCGCUCCAAGUGCGAAUUGACACUGUCAGCUGGACAGGUCCAAAACGAGGCUGAGAUUAGGUUUGUUGCUUGUCAUCGACACUAAUCUUGACUGACAAAAACAUUCUGCGGGAAGCAGGUGCUGCAAAAGACAAGAGGUGACUGAAAUGAUCAUUUCUAAUUUUUCGGCGCCGGCUCCAAACCUGGGGGAUUGUACAUCGGAAGUUUGGAUCUGUCCAGCCUGUAGCUGCUCAGUGCCGGUCAGAACUAGCCAAUGACAAUCCGCACUGUCCUCGUUGACUGCAUAAUGCUAUGCAUCCAGCUUAUGACUGAAAAAUAAACGACAGACAGUGGAUAGAAAUAUGCGAGACAAAAAAGCACAACGCCAACACGACUGGGAUGUAAAGCGUGUAAACGAUGCCCACUUAAGUCCCGACCGGACCUCACACAUUAGGAUGUUCUACUCAUUUAUUUCACUUCGCUAAUACCAUCAUGGUUUAGCUGGUUAUUAACUGGUACCGAACCCAUCGUGUCAUGCAAGCCUUUUUCUCCUGCAGGUUCAAAGUGUUCAAGGAACAAAUCAAAGCACCGUUCCGCUGACAGGACCACUGGUGAGUGGGCAGGCGGGAAACUUCAGGUUGAUAGUAGCUUAUUAAAAUCGGUGGAGAUUAUGAUUAUCAAGAUAGAUUAUUUAAGCGAUUUAUUUUGAUGUUGUCCCGUAUUUGGCUGCUAUUUUAGGUUCAUCAAUAAUCCCGAGGAAGGUUAUUAUAACGUUUGAAGCGCCAAAGGGACGGAAGUGA